AAAAUGGCAAAUGUUCCAGGGCAACUAGUGUGGGAAAUCAUGAAGAAGAAUAACUCCUUUUCAGUGAAAGAGUUCAGUAAUGGUACCGCUGGUGUUGUGUUUAGCAAAGAGCGUAACAAUCUUCACUCCUACAAGCACUCUGGCCCAGUAAACAAGCAAACUGUGACUAUCCAGCCAGGAGGCAAAGAUCAAUCUGUGUUGCUUGCUACAACGAAGACCAAGAAACAGAACAAGCCUUCAAGUUUGCUGAAUAAAUCUGCGAUGAAGAUGGAAUUCCGCAGCAUGGCCAAGGCUGUAAGGAAUCAGGUCGCGGACAACUAUUACAGGCAAGAUCUGAAUAAGGCAGCCCUUGCAAGGUUGAGUGUUGUGAACAGGAGUCUCAAGGUCGCCUAGUCUGGCAUCAAGAAGAGGAACAGGCCUAGAGUUGCAUG